AUGGAUUGCUUGCGUAGUUUCGGUCAUCGGGAUCUUUCUCAGAAGCUUACGCUGUUUGAUGAAAAGUUUGAGGCUUUUUUUCAAAUGCUUGGGGCUCUUUUCAUUCAGCGAGUUCGCAUGCCAGUAUACGACCGAAUUGCACUGGAAAUGCGCCUGGAAACUGGCAGUACGAUAAGCUCCGCCACUAUCGUUUUUUAUUUUAAAGCCUUCCGGGAUGUAUGCGUCUCUUACUUUAACGCGCAUCCUGUUAAGUUAGGCGGACCAGGCAAAGUCGUCACGAUUGAUGAGACGGCUUUGGCCCGCAGAAAAAAUAAUAAAGGAAGGCAUGUUCCACAUUAG